AUCAUUUAUCAUUUGACUAAAUGAUCGCUGCCGCUGCCGCUGCCGCUGCCACUACUGAUGCCGGUUGCCCACGCGAUGCGUGGUGUGCUUCACCACCCCUCUGGGCUGGCACUCUUCCUUUUCCAUUCCACCUGCCCGCCGUCAUCGGCAUUGGCAUCGUCGUUGCCGUCUGGCGGCAUGAGAUCUGUGUCUAACGGGGCUUUUCAGUCUCCUCGCGAUGCUCUUCCGUUGAUCUUUACGUGCGCUGGCGACGUCGUUUCCCUUCCUCUCGUUUCGUUUCGCCGAUACUUCUAUCUCUUUCUGCGCUCUUUUAGGUGGAACAUCGCGUGUUGACAAAUAUCUCGCACCAGUGGCAAAACGAGAUAUAAAAUAUGGAAAAUUUCAAAAUGAAAUUAUAGUGAGGGCGUCUAAAUAUUUGAAUAAUUUAAUUAACCCUCAAUGACAGGCGCAUGGCUGGACCAAAAAUACAAUUAGUGCUAUAAACAAUCGGGCAAAAAAAAUCCACACAAAUUACACCACAAAAAUCAACACCAACAAAGAACCAGUUUUGCGCACUCCUGGGGGGUUUUUAAGGGGGGCAACCAAACGGAUCUGUCAAAAGUGCAAUCUGAAUCGGAAUCCGGAAUCGGAAUAGGCAUCGGAAUUGGAAUCCUAUUUCGGAAUCAACAAGCUCUCAAGUGCUUCGUGGGCAAUAGGCCACAACUCCAAUUUGUGCGGGACUGCCUUUUGGUUGAGCGGCGCCUGCAGCAAUGACAAUGUCAUCGACGCUAACACUAACGCUUGCCGAAGCAGAGGCAAUGGGGACGGCGGCAUUGGAAUCCUCCGAGGACGCAGCAGCAGCAGCGGCAGCAGCGGCAGCAGCAGCGCCCGAGGCGGGCGUUGAUAUGUUCUCGGAUGCGGAUAUGGCGGAAGUGCGGCAUGUUGUUCAACGCAUUUUGGUGCCGUGCGUUUUUGUUAUUGGACUAUUGGGAAAUUCAGUGAGCAUUUAUGUUUUGACGCGGAAGCGCAUGAGAUGCACCACAAACAUUUAUCUAACGGCCCUGGCAAUUACGGACAUUGCCUACCUGACCUUUCAAUUAAUCCUAACACUCCAGCACUACGAGUACAUCAAGUACCACUGCGAGAUCUAUUGGCAGCUCUACGGAUACUUUGUCUGGCUAUGCGAUGUCUCUGCAUACAUCUCCAUUUACAUAGCUGUAUGCUUCACCAUAGAGCGAUUUAUUGCGAUACGCUAUCCGCUGAAGAGGCAAACGUUCUGCACGGAAUCCCUCGCCAAGAAGGUGAUAUCAGCCGUCGCACUCUUCUGUUUGUUGUCCACGCUCUCCACCGCGUUCGAGCACACAAUGGACACCCAGUGGAAGUUGAUUGAUGACGCCUACAAGCCAUGCAAUCAAACCCCGGCGAAUGUCUCGCCAACGCCCUCGCUGCCAACGCCUGCGACAGUGUGGCAGCAACCGGAGCAGCCGGAGCAGCAGUAUGACCCCGAGGCGACCACCAUCACGAGUGCUGUAACAUUUCCCCUCUACGAUGGCAGUGGCAACAGCGAAGGGGAGCCAGGCAACAUUCCACGAGAGCAACAGCCACGCCGCCGGCACUGGCCAUCAUCUGUGACGCCGCCGACGGGUCUGAGUGAAACUCUAGAUGCCACCAGGCCGUGGCAGCAGCAAAGUUCAGAGUCCAAGGAGCAGGUCACGGAGAGUCUGCUGCAGUUGUCACGUGCCGGACGCAGCGGGGACUUCAAUCACUCAGAUGCAUUCGCAUUUAAUGUUACGGAAUAUUGUCAAAAUAUGACUGUCUUUAAGCACAUUUCCUCGGACUUGGGCAACAACGAGCUGUAUUCGAACGCUUGGAGUAUGUUCACUCUGGUGGUGUUCGUCCUUUGUCCGCUGUUCCUGCUGGCCACGUUCAACAGCUUUCUCAUCCUGCUGGUGCAUCGCUCAAAGAGUCUACGCGGGGAUCUAACAAAUGCCAGCAGCAUAAGACGCACCAAGCGCAAGUCGAACACUGGCCUCACUGGCAGCGUCUCCCAGGAGAAUCGUGUGACCAUCACCCUGAUUGCCGUCGUUCUGCUGUUCAUUGUGUGCCAACUGCCGUGGGCCAUCUAUCUGCUGCUCGAUCAGUAUUUGAAUAUAGCGCACGGUGCCCAGGUGGUGGCCGGCAAUGUUUGCAAUCUGCUGGCCGCCCUCAAUGCCGCCUCGAACUUCUUCCUCUACUGCGUGCUGUCGGACAAGUACCGGAAGACGGUGCGCGAACUGAUCACAGGGUAUCGCUAUCGUCGUCGCCAUGCACGCAACAAUACGAGCCUCUACGCGGGCCACCAUACCACCACAACACUGACCCACAUCAAUGGAGAUCAUCAUCAUGGAGGUGCAUCGCCGUACAGUGGUUCAGCUGGCGGCGGUGGCAGCAGUCGUCGCAGCUGCAGUCGAAGUCGCAACCUGGCAGCGGCCACGGGCCGCCUGAUAGCGUGAGGGUCGUGAGGGUCGUGCGGAUUGCGGCAGUCACGAGUGCUGGCAAAAGCGUGACUGAGCGUGAGUUAAGCGUGAUUUGAUGUAGAGCGAGUCACUCAGGAGUCACGAAUGAGGAGAGGACUGACACGCCUGCGUGGAAUAUUGCAAUGGAUCAGCAAUAGAUUAGCCACCAUAAAUGCUUGAUUGAUUGGCCUGACCUGUGAGUCUUCAUUUUGUCUCCCACUCUCUCUCUAUAGAUUUAAAUUAUACAUAAAGAUAAAGAUUAAAUAACAUACAUUGUGCCAUAAUGUGAUGAUUAUAGUUGUAUGCUAGUUAACCUAAACAUAAUUGUUGUCCUAAGUACUAAACGAGAAUCAAAUACAAAAAACACACAAAAAAC